AUGGCUACCUCCGUCUUCCGCUCAACGGUAUGCGGUGCCCUCCGAGCCGGAGCUGUGGCAACUCGAUCAAAUGCCGUGGCCAUGUCGGGAGCUGCAGGAGCACGCCUCAUUUCAACCAAAGCAACCCUCCCAGAUCUCAAAUAUGACUACGGCGCCCUCGAGCCAUCCAUCUCCGGGAAGAUCAUGGAGCUCCACCACAAAAAACACCAUCAAACUUACGUAAACUCCUACAACGACGCAGUCGAGAAACUAGCCGCGGCACAAGAAAAAGUAGAUAUCCAGUCCCAGGUGGCACUGCAGGCUCUCACCAACUUUCACGGCGGUGGCCAUGUCAACCAUACACUAUUCUGGGAGAACCUGGCCCCAAGGAGCGCUGGAGGCGGUGACCCCCCUUCCGGGGCCCUGGGUACGGCCAUUGAAAAUUCCUUUGGAAGUUAUGACGCAUUCAAGUCGACCUUCAACACGGCGUUGGCGGGGAUCCAGGGCAGUGGCUGGGCUUGGCUGGUUAAGGACAAGCAGACGGGGGAGAUUGCGAUCAAGACCUACGCUAACCAAGACCCUGUCGUCGGCCAAUUUGUCCCCCUGCUCGGCAUUGACGCCUGGGAACAUGCCUACUACCUUCAAUACGAAAACCGCAAAGCAGAAUACUUCUCCGCUGUAUGGGACGUCGUGAACUGGAAGGCUGCUGAGCAGCGAUUUGUUUAA